AUUAACCAAAUCAUCGCCUCCCAGAAUUCAUCCCUGACCAUGGACUCGGCGGAGAGCUCCGCCGCCUCCAACGUCGCCGCCGCAAUGGCCGUCGACGACUACCACGACGCCGCCCCCGAGGUCGGCCACUGCAUGUCGUCCAUGGUCGACUUCAGCGGCGUUGAGAGCCAGCGCCUGUUCCUGGCGCGCCGCACCGCUUUGGAGAUGCUGCGGGACCGCGGGUACAGCGUCCCGGAGGCCGACCUCGCGCGCACCCUCCCGGAGUUCCGCGCCUGGUGGUCCGAGGCGCCCGAGAUCGAGCGCCUCUCCUUCUCCACCACCCUCGCCUCCGACCCCUCCAACAAGGCGAGAAUCGUGUUCUGCCCACCCGAGCCCAUCAGAGUCGCAGUUAUCCGGGAGGUCUUUGGCCGAACCAAAGAAGACAACUUGUCUUGCCUGAUUCUCAUAUUGCAGAGCAAGAUGGGAUCUAAGGCUAGAGACACUAUCAAGGAACUGUUCAAGUUUAAAGUGGAUGUAUUCCAGAUCACAGAACUGCUGGUGAACAUGACCAAUCAUGUUCUGAAGCCCAAGCAUCAAGUGCUGACUGCAGAAGAAAAGGCCAAGCUGCUGAAGCAGUACAAUGUGGUGGAUUCACAGUUGCCUCGCAUGCUGGAGACGGAUGCUGUUGCUCGCUACUAUGGCCUGAGCAAGGGAACGGUGGUCAAAUUUACAUAUGACAACGAGCUCACGGCAGACCAUGUGAGCUACCGAUGUGUUCUCUGACUGAUACGGCUUUGUUUCAAUGGAUCAAGGUUGAUGUAAGCUGUUAGCCAAGACCGCCUGACGGCUAAUGUACUAGCGUACUAU